UGAACACAGCUGUACUGUAAUAUUAUAAUAAUAUUGUCGUAUAUAUAAGAAUGAAUUUGUUACAAUAAUCACUUAUUGAGUGUUCUUAUGAGUGUUAAUCGACAUGGCAUUCAAAACUGCUUUGUUUGUUGUAUCUGUAAUACUUACUAUCACCACCAAUAAUAUCAAAGAUGUUGUUGCAAAACCACCCAACAAAAUUACUGGUGGAUUCGAAGCUGAAAUAACAGAAUUUCCAGCAAUGGCUUCUAUAAAAUAUAAAAAAUCCCAUAUAUGUGGAGGUGCAAUAAUAAGCAAAAAUAAAAUUUUAACAGCAGCACAUUGUUUAACAAAUGAAAACAAAAAGACUGGCCAAUUAACAAUUACUCCAGUUGAAUUAAUAACCGUUGGUACUGGGAAUAAAAUUUCCACAGAAAUGAAAAAUAUUUAUAGGGUAAAAAAACUCGAUAUCCAUGAUGGUUACACAGGUGAUAUGGAAGAAAAUGCUUGUGACAUCGCCAUCAUUACACUUAUGGAAAACAUUGUAGAAGAUUCAACUCAAAAAGUAAUCUCCCUACCCCAAAGAGACGCUGAAAUUGGUGCAAGUGCAUUCGUUGCUGGUUGGGGAUCAGAACGUGAAUAUGGACAAGCAUCGCCAUUACUAAAAAAAGCACCAAUGUUAGUAAUAUCAAAUGCACAAUGUCGAUCAGAAAUAAACGAUAAAAUUAUAUCUGGACAUUUGUGUGCAAUUUAUAAGCGUGGCGUUGGAUUCUGUGAUGGUGACAGUGGUGGGCCCUUAAUGUCGAAUGGUGAAGUCAUUGGUAUUGUAUCAAUGUCAAUUGAUUGUGGUAAAGGUCAUCCCGAUAUUUACACAAGAGUAUACUCAUACAUUGACUGGAUUCGUAAUAGAAUAUAAUCAUUAAUUCAUCAUAUUAAAAGAAGCUAAACAAGUUGGAUGGAAGAUUUUUUUCGUUUAAUGACGGAAUGAAUUG